UUUACAGUGAAUACGUUUGAAUAGCACAUGACCCUUUAUGAAAUGUUAGCGCUUGAGGUUUGUAAUUAGGGUAAUUAUGAAUUAAAUGAAAUACAUUUAUCGUUAAAUAAACCUAUGGACCUUGGAUAACAAGUAAAAAAGUCAAAUCAAAGUGAAGUGAAUGUAAUGCGACUGGUGUCAAGAUUAUAAAAUUAUUGUGCAAUUAGACGGGAUUGUCAUGAGAGUUAAUAUAUGAAAUCAGCGCGUCCCGAUGACGAGCACCAUGGCAAAUCUGCCGACAGAAGACCGCGGACAGGGGGCGUUUACUGACGUAUUGUCAAAGUUCCAGAAGAUUCGAGAUAAACAUACCCGGCAGAAUGUGUACGCGAACAUUAGGCAGCCGACACCGCCAGACACCGAGGAUAAACCCGACGGUGAUCCCAACCCGACCUCAGUGUUAUCGGGGUCCGCCACCGGCAGGAGCGUUCCCAGCCGACCAGUGGACAGGGAAUGGUUUGGGCGGCGCCGGUUCUCCCACCCCAGUUUGCUGAGACUUCCGAUGAUCCGCGGAGGCAGCGUCACGGGAAUGACCGGAUUUGGCCGGAACUGGGAAAAGGAGAAACAUCAGACGUAUGAGUUCCGAAAGUACCGCCGCCACUCCCUUCCCUACACGCCUUUCGAACAGGAACUUGCAAAGGUGUAUGAAAGGAAGGCAAAGGAACUUCUUUCUGAGAAUAGUAACAAAAUAGUGCGUAGACGUACACGGGUACGCGGCGGUGUUGGAAGGGGGCGGGGCGGGUACCGGGCGAUGGCGGAGGAGGAGUCGGACGGUUGGGUGCUGUCGGGGAAAGACCUACACGCGUUCUACACGUUCUGGGACAGACCCGAGUACAUGAGUCGCCAGCGGGGCAAGAACGGCAACCAUACAUCGUAGACAUGUUAGGAUUUUCUGUUUUCACACUCUCUUGUGCGCAGUGGCUUUAGAAAACAUUUUAACUCAUAAGAUCAGUUUGUCACUUAUAUUUUAUUUAUUGUACCUGAAAAAAAACCCAGUAACUGUA